AUGGCUUUGCUGCGGGCCCGCGCGCUGUACGACUUCAGGUCGGAGAACCCGGGCGAGAUCUCGCUGCGCGAACACGAGGUGCUGAGCCUGUGCAGCGACCAGGAGAUCGAGGGCUGGUUCGAGGGGGUGAACAGCCGCGGCGACCGCGGCCUCUUCCCGGCCUCUUACGUGCAGGUCAUCCGAGCUCCGGCGGCCGAGCCGGCGCUCCCGCUGCCCGCGCCUGUCCCGGCCCGCUACGCGAACGUGCCGUCCGGCGGCUUUGAGCCCCUGGCGGCGCCGGCGGCGGCGGCCCCCGCCUUCAACCCCCCGCCCGUCCAGCAUCACCAGCUGCCUCCGCCGGCAGCCGAGCCCUUCCAGCUGCCUCCGCCGCCCGCCUCAUCGGGCUUCUCCUCCUUCCAGACGGUGCGCUCCUACGGCGGCUCUUCUUACCAAGCCAGCCAAGGCAGCGACGACGACUGGGACGAUGACUGGGACGACAGCUCUACCGUGGCGGACGAGCCGGGCGUCCUGGGCUGCUCCUACCCGGACUACGAGAAUGCGGCGAUGGGAGGCGGCGGCGGGGCGGGCGGCUCUGCCAGCAGGUAUUCCCUUUCCACCCGGUCCGAUCUGUCGCUGAGCUCCCGGAGCAGCCAGCCCGGGGGCCCCUUGCAUCACCCGGCCGGGGGCGCCAAGAGCUCGGCCACCGUGAGCCGCAACUUGAACCGCUUCUCCACCUUCGUGAAAUCCGGAGGCGAAGCGUUUGUGCUGGGGGAAGCGUCGGGCUUUGUGAAGGACGGGGACAAGCUCUGCGUAGUUCUGGGCUCCUAUGGGCCCGAGUGGCAGGAGAACCCUUACCCUUUCCAGUGCUCUAUUGAAGACCCCACCAAGCAGACCAAAUUCAAGGGCAUGAAGAGCUACAUUGCCUACAAGCUGGUGCCAAGCCACACAGGACAGCAGGUGCAUCGGCGCUACAAGCACUUUGAUUGGCUGUAUGGCCGGCUUGUCGAGAAGUUCCCGGUCAUCUCGGUACCCCACUUGCCAGAGAAACAAGCCACGGGGCGUUUUGAGGAGGACUUUAUCUCCAAGCGCCGCAAGGGCUUAGCGUGGUGGAUGGACCAUAUGUGUAGCCAUCCGGUGUUGGCCCAGUGUGAUGCCUUCCAGCAUUUCCUCACUUGUCCGAGCACCGAUGAGAAGGCCUGGAAGCAAGGCAAGCGCAAAGCUGAGAAGGAUGAGAUGGUGGGUGCUAACUUCUUCCUGACCAUUAGUGUCCCUGCUGGUGUCCCUGCUGCUCUGGACCUGCAGGAGGUAGAAAGUAAAGUCGAUGGCUUCAAAAGCUUCACCAAAAAGAUGGAUGACAGCACCAUUCAGUUGAACCAGACUAUCAAUGAGUUUGCCCGCAAGCAGGUUGCUGGGUUCAAGAAGGAGUACCAGAAAGUGGGACACUCCUUCAGGGGCCUCAGCCAAGCCUUUGAAAUGGACCAACAGGCUUUUUCAGUUGGCCUCAAUCAGGCCAUUGCCUUCACCGGGGAAGCUUAUGAUGCUAUUGGUGAACUCUUUGCAGACCAACCCAGACAGGACCUGGACCCAGUGAUGGAUUUAUUAGCUCUGUAUCAGGGACAUCUGGCCAACUUCCCAGACAUAAUCCAUGUCCAGAAAGGAGCCCUUACCAAAGUGAAGGAAAGUAAGCGGCAUGUAGAAGAAGGAAAAAUGGAAAUCCAAAAGGCUGAUGGGAUUCAGGAUCGUUGUAACAUUAUUUCAUUUGCCACUUUGGCGGAGAUUCACCAUUUCCAUAGAAUUCGAGUCAGGGACUUCAAAUCACAAAUGCAGCAUUUCUUACAACAGCAAAUCAUUUUUUUUCAAAAAGUGACCCAGAAGUUAGAAGAAGCUCUUCACAAAUAUGACAGUGUUUAAUGUUGCUUAAUUAAUAAACUUUACAUGGUGGCUAUUUUUUGAAUUGCAGAUGGAAUAAACAACAGAGGCAAAUGCUGCUCUAAUGACCGUUGGCACCUCUCAGGGUGUUUUGCAAAGAAGCUCUUUUUGUAAUUGUUCUGAAUUCCAGAACUUAAUAAUUGCAUAAGGAGAAAAUAAUUAUGCAUACAUAGCAGAGACUAUACUAUACAUUGUAACUAAAUUAUACCCAAAAUGCCUACACUACCAUCAUAAUGUCUUCUGAAAUAAUUAUACUAUUUGCCUUAUUGCUUUUUUGAAAUAUGGUAUUUUAGUGCAUAUGCUAUAGACCUCAAAAUGUCGGGGUCUUUAAGGAAAUGGGCUAAUGCCCACUUCGUAUGCCUUUUAAAAAUUAUCUUUGGUUUGAAUUUCUUAAAUUCAGCCAAUUCUCUGUUUACAAAUUUCUAUUAGAGCAGCUAUGCGAUUUUGUGCCUUUAGCAUUUUUCAUUUUUUUCCCUAGUAAAUGACAUUUUUAUGAUUGAAUGAAGGGUUGGCACCUCUGACAGGGCUUGAUUUCAAACCUCAUAGUGACUCAAAAAUAACUAGUUCUGUAACUUGCACACUAGAUACUAUGAAAAAUGUUGGUAAAACAACAACAAAAUUUAAAAUCAUUUUAGAUUCUGUGUUGAUUAAAAACACUAUUUAUUAUUUUUACCAGAAUAUUAAGUACACAAGCAACAAUGCAGCAUUGCUGUAUUUUCUUUCUUAAUAUGUCAGCAUAAGAUCUUUCCGUGUAAUACAUCUUUGGAUAGAAACUUGGACCAUUUAUCUAAUAAAAGGAUACUGAAUUAUAUCAGUGGGAUACGACUAGAGGUUCAGUGAGUAAUGCUUGCAUGCAUGUGUCUGUGGUUUGGAAGGUUUUUCUGGCUGUUGAUUUGUUUGAUUCUAAACAUGGGCCCACAUUGCCAGGAAUCAUUACUGUUCAGUGAAGUUAUUUGUUGGUUAGAAGAAAAUACAUGUAUAUGAACGUAUCUUGUGCUCAUGAUUCCUGUUCUUUAGAGGGUUAAGAACCCAUUGUGUGAAAAUGUUAAUUGAGGCCUUGAAACAAUGAGAAAAGCUAUUUUACUUAACUUCAUUUUCUCAAAUCUAUAACUUUCAUACCUUCUAUCACUUUACUUCUCAUUUUAAUAGUAGCUGAGAGAAGUCUUUAGAAUCAACCUAUUUCUGUAUUGUUAGAAUGCUUUCUGAAUGUGUUCUGGAACUUGAUACAUUCACCAGGUUUUAGUAAAUCAAUCUAAUUAGAGCCCUACAAGUUUGUUUAUACUAGUCUGUUAAUCUACUG